GUCCAAAUAAGAGAUUAACUAUGUGAAAAAAUGUAAAAUGGAGAACGGCGUUAAAAAGUGGUUGGUUGGAAAUUAGAAGUAGGAACAACGAGAGUGGUCAAAGGGCACGGCGGCUCUCUAAAUUCGUAUAAUGCAUACCCAAGUCAAAAUAAAGUGAUCGCAAGUCACAAGGUUGAGUGAUCGUACUUGGGUGAAUUGAGUUCGAGCUGGUUGUGGGGGCUUGAAGAUGGCGGCAUCAUGGUGCAUGGAGAAAAGGGGUACUAUUAGGAAUGAGUCUUUUAGAGACAAUGAUAAUAUACCUGAAACUGGGUGUCUUUCUAUUAUUGUUCUUGGUGCUUCUGGUGAUCUUGCCAAGAAGAAAACUUUUCCUGCACUCUUCAACCUCUAUCGCCAGCGAUUCCUGCAAUCCAACGAAGUUCACAUAUUUGGCUAUGCAAGGACCAAAAUUUCUGAUGAUGACUUGAGAGGCCGUAUUCGCGGGUAUCUUUCUAAGGGAAAAGAAAAUGAAGAAGUGUCAGAGUUUUUGCAACUGAUUAAAUACGUUAGUGGCUCUUAUGAUUCUGGGGAGGGCUUUAUUGCACUGGACAAGGCGAUAUCUGAGCAUGAAAUCUCAAAAAAUAGCACAGAAGGGUCAUCCAGAAGACUCUUCUACUUUGCUCUUCCCCCAUCAGUAUAUCCCUCUGUUUGCAGAAUGAUAAAAAGAUAUUGUAUGAACAAAUCUGAUCUUGGUGGUUGGACUCGCAUUGUUGUUGAGAAGCCCUUUGGCAAGGAUUUGGCUUCAGCUGAGCAACUAAGUUCUCAGAUAGGAGAACUAUUUGAAGAACCCCAAAUUUACCGCAUUGACCAUUAUCUGGGGAAGGAGUUGGUUCAGAAUUUGUUGGUGCUGCGCUUUGCAAAUCGCUUCUUUUUGCCGCUCUGGAAUCGUGACAACAUUGAUAAUAUACAGAUUGUCUUCAGAGAAGACUUUGGAACUGAAGGUCGCGGUGGAUAUUUUGAUGAAUAUGGGAUUAUACGUGACAUUAUUCAGAACCAUCUAUUGCAGGUCCUUUGUCUAGUUGCCAUGGAGAAGCCGGUUUCUUUGAAGCCCGAACAUAUUCGGGAUGAAAAAGUUAAGGUUCUUCAAUCAAUGCUUCCAAUUAAAGAUGAAGAGGUUGUUCUCGGACAAUAUGAAGGCUAUAAGGACGACCCGACGGUGCCUGACAACUCAAAUACCCCUACUUUUGCAACUAUGGUUUUACGCAUACACAACGAAAGAUGGGAAGGUGUCCCCUUUAUAAUGAAGGCUGGCAAAGCGCUAAAUUCAAGAAAAGCAGAAAUAAGAGUGCAGUUUAAGGAUGUUCCUGGUGAUAUAUUUAGAUGUCAAAAGCAAGGGAGAAAUGAGUUUGUGAUACGCCUCCAGCCUUCAGAAGCCAUGUACAUGAAGCUUACGGUCAAGCAGCCUGGGCUUGAAAUGUCAACUGCUCAAAGUGAAUUAGACCUGUCGUACACACAGCGUUACCAAGGUGUUGUCAUUCCAGAGGCUUAUGAACGUCUGAUUCUCGACACAAUAAGAGGGGAUCAGCAGCAUUUUGUGCGGAGGGAUGAGCUCAAGGCGGCUUGGGAGAUUUUUACCCCUCUUUUGCAUAGAAUUGACAAUGGAGAGUUCAAGCCAAUACCAUACAAGCCAGGUAGCAGAGGCCCUGCAGAAGCAGAUGAAUUGUUGCGAAAGGCCGGUUACAUGCAAACUCAUGGCUAUAUAUGGAUUCCUCCCACGUUAUAAGUCUGCCAAAGUGCAGAUUAUAUCCUACUAUCCCUAUAGAUGAGUGGUUACCUUGUCACUUUUGCCAUGUAUUAUCCUGCCUUUGUGCAAACUCAUUGAGAAGUAACAUUAUAGUCGGUGUAUCGCCAGUAUAUUUGCAUGUAAUAAUAUAUUUCAUCUUUUUGAAGCUAAUACAUGAGAGUAUCUGAAUA